AUGCUACAGCUCAAGAGAAUUCAAAACAGUCAAGGGCAAUGGUUGGAGGAAGAACAAGAUAUGGCUGAGGAAGUUGUGAGAUUUUUCGAAGCUCAAUUCCAUGAAACUGUAGUGCCUACUCAGUUUGAUAUAUUGAAACAUGUCCCAGCAUUGAUCACUAGGCAGCAAAAAGAUGAUUUAACAGCUAUUCCAACUAAAGAGGAAGUAUGUUGGGAUAUUAUGGAUGAUGUAUUCAAUAUGGUUUGGGAUUUCGUCAGAGGAAUGGAAUUGCCAAGAUACAUCACUCACACUAAUCUUGUUUUAUUGCCAAAGAAGAAAGAGGUUGUAACCUACUCAUAUAUGAAGCCUAUAAGUCUGAGUAAUUUUGGUAAUAAGGUGUUUUCUAGAGGUGUGCAUGAGAGGCUGAAGCAUUUACUACCUAAUUUGAUUUCUCAGAAUCAAGCAGGUGUCAAACAAGGAGAUCCAUUGUCACCUACAUUGUUCAUUUUAGCUACUGGGGUGCUGUCAAGAAGUCUGAACUUUUUGCAUGAGAAUUUAUGGUUUUGUGGAUUUGGUUUGCCUAAGUGGAGUCCCAAAAUAAACCACUUAGCAUAUGCUGAUGACACCAUCAUAUUUUCAUCUUCAUGUGAAAUUUCAUUGGGAUUGAUUAUGAAUAUCUUGACUGAGUAUGAACAAGCAUCAGGCCAGCUAAUCAACAAAACCAAAAGUUCUGUGUAUCUGCAUGAUAAGGUGGAUUUACAGGAGGUACAAAAGGUUGAAAGAGUUACUGGUAUAACUAGACAAGCCUUUCCUCUGAAGUAUUUUGGUUGUCCUAUCUAUUAUAGCAAAACACAGGUGUCCUUUUAUUCAGACCUUCUUUCUAAGGUGAGGAACAAAUUGCAGGGAUGGAAAGGAAAGUUACUUUCCUUUGGAGGAAGGGCUGUUUUGCUGAAGCAUGUCCUACAAGCAACGCCAAUGCAUCUACUCUCAGCAGUUGAUCCUCCUUCUUUUGUGAUUGAAAAAUUACAUAAGAUUUUGGCUCAAUUUUUCUAG